AUGACUAAUUUUAUUAAUUUUUUUUAUUUUAUAUUAUUUUCUAUAAUUAUACCUUCAAAGGAGGUUGAUGAAUGCUAUAAAAGUUGUGAAAAAACUAAAUUUGGAUGUAAUACAAAGUUAGUUAAAACUAAUAUAAUAUCUGAAGGUGGAAUUUAUAAAUUAAAUGAAGGAAUUUUAAAUUUUACAUGUCUUUUUGAAUCACUUCCAGGUGUUGUUAAUGUAAAAUGGAAAUUUAAAAAAUCACCUAAUGUUUUAAAUCAGUUACCUGAAAAUAAAUAUCAAGUUAAUAAUGAUAGAGAAAUGUAUAAAAAUAUUAAAUGUGAUCAAUUAAAGUACUCUCAUGAUUGUAGUGGCAAUGAUAAGGGACAUCUAUCAUUUUCAAAUUGUAUAUUAGAAGUACGUGAUAUCAGGAUGACUGGAUAUUAUAAAUGUGAAGCUAUAGAUUCUUUGACUGGUCAAGUUUUAUCAACAGGAGCUGAAACUAAAAUCCGUGUGAUUGGUUUGCAAUCAGUUGAAGUUGUCAACAGUCGAUUAGUUUCUUUGAAAAGUGGAUAUGUGCAAAUAAAAGUUUGUGCAAAUUCAUAUCCAUUUAUAACAUGGAUAUUAAAAGACACAAUACUUCAACCGAAUGAAAGUAAAUAUUACUAUUCCUCAUCCAAAAUGAGUAAUGUACCAUUUUAUAAUAUCGAUAAAAAUGAAGAUAAAAAUUUUCAAAGUAUCAAAAAUUUAUCAUUAUCUGAUCCUUACUGUUAUUAUGUACAAUUAUUUAUAAGUAAUGUUAAUAAGGAUAUUGAAGAUUUACAUAAUGCUUCUAAAAUAAAGAAUAUCAUUUAUUAA